GUGUGUGUGUGUGUGUGUGUGUGUGUGUGUGUGUGUGUGUGUGUGUGUGUGUGUGUGUGUGUGUGUGAGUGUGUGUGUGUGUUUGUUUGUGUGACAGAUUCCUCUGGACUCCACCCUGCUGCUCUUCACUGUUCCAGGAAAUGUUCCUCUCUGCAGCAGGACCGACCCGAGGACAGACCAACAGGCUGCUGAACAAGUUAAACCUUUCAUACCAAGCCUCUACUGCUCUGUGGACGGAUUUCAUAUCUAAAAGAAAUCGUGUCUGAGAGCAGGAGACCUCUCAGUUUUCUCUUUUCGUCGCUGGGAGUAAAAAAACGAGCACGUUGUCUCUGACGUCGGGUUCUUUAAAUCGGUGACAUGUCCAGGUCAGACUACCCUCCAGGGUAUGACGACUCCCGGGGCCCGCUGUACCAGCCUCAGGGUGGGAAUUACCCAGCACCCCCGGCAUAUGGCUUCCCUGGCUACGGUGGUCCACAGCCAGGCCAGCCAGCUCCUCCCUACCCCGCCGGUCCUAACACUCCCCUGUACCCAAACCAGCCCGGGGGCUACGGCCCUGGCCCGUACCAAGGCCAGCCUGGGGGCCACGGCCCGUACCCAGGACAGCCUCACCAUGGUGGGCAUCCAGGAGCUGGGUACCCAAACCCCCCUCCUAUGCCUCCAAUCAUCCCUCCAACCAUGCCAUCAGACAUGCUGAGCUCAGGAGAUGAGUUUGCGGCGAGCAACAGCGGCUGGGAUGACAUGAGCAUUCGACACACCUUCAUCAGGAAGGUGUAUAUGAUUUUGGCGGCUCAGCUCCUCCUCACCACAGCCAUUGUGGCCGUGUUCACAUUUGUGGAGCCUGUCAAGUAUUUUGUACAGAGGAACCAAGCCAUCUACUGGGCGUCAUACGGUGUGUAUUUCAUUACCCACAUGGUGCUGGUCUGCUGUAAGGGCCCCAGGAGGAAGUUCCCCUGGAACAUCAUUCUGCUGCUUAUCUUUACUCUGGCUAUGUCCUACAUGACUGGAUCUGUUUCCAGUUUCUAUAACACAAAAGCAGUGUUUCUCGCACUGGGUAUCACUGCCGUCGUCUGCAUUGCUGUCACUAUCUUCUGCUUCCAAACAAAGGUGGAUUUCACAAAGUGUCAGGGUCUCUUCUGUGUCCUCGGGAUUGUAAUGUUCGUGACGGGCAUCAUCACAGCCAUCGUGCUGUCUUUCAAAUAUAUGUUGUGGCUUCACAUGCUUUAUGCAGGCAUGGGUGCCAUAGCCUUCACCAUGUUCCUGGCGUACCACACUCAGCUGCUGUUGGGAAACAGAAAGCACUCCAUCAGUCCAGAGGAGUAUGUGUUCGCCGCGCUCUCCAUCUACGUCGACAUCGUCCAGAUCUUCCUCUUCUUGCUGCAGAUCAUCGGAGCUACCACCAAGUAAUCCACCAAAGUGUCCACAACCAGCUGGGUCGUCUGAGUGCAGAAUCUGUCUCUGCCUUUUACACCCAUUCGUCAGAAUCAGAAACAUUUAAAAAAAACAAAAACACGAUGCACUCCAGAGAGAUCAUGUUAGGGCUGAAUUUGAGGUUUUGUCAUAGUAUAGGUCAAUCCUAUGCACAACAAAUGCACUUUUUCUGAGGUCAAUACUUGUUUAUAUCUGCAUUUGCAGCUUACUGGUGGUUAUUAAAUGAUAUUAUACUACAAUAUAAAUGCAGCAAAGAUAUACUGUAUAUAUAUGGACAGAAGAACUCAACAUUUAUUCACUUCAAGGCACAAAGUGUCUUCAAACGUUUUCCUCUGCAUGUAGAUGUACUGAUUCACAUAAACUGGGUCCUUCUGUAUUCAUGUGGAAAAAACAGCUAACUCUUCUCACUCUGUUAUUGAAUCUUUUCUGACACACAGUCCUACCUGUCUGUUGGCUUUUACACACAGUGGGGAUGGGCAGUGACCAUCAAUUGGUUCACAUCACCUGGGCAGGGAGCAUGAUAUCCAUACAAGUAAUGAUUGAUUUUAUUUUAAGGAGCUGCUUGUUUUCUGUGAUGUUAGAGUGGAGGAAUGUGUAGUGAUAUUCUAAUUAAUAACAGCCCCCCCCCCCCAAAAAAAUCUAUAUUGAUCAUUUAUUUUUGAAUAUUAAUUGGUGGUUAUUUAAAGGAAUAUUACACCAUUCAGGAUUUUUGUCUCUUUUCUACUGAGAGUUAGAUAAUAAGGUAAGACUCACUCUCACAUCUUCAUUUUACAUAAAGAUGUUAGCUUAGAUUAGCACAAUAAUCAGGAGAGCUAACCUGGCUCUGUGCAAAGGUAAAAAUAUAAAAUAGUCUGCCUUAAAGUAUUUCUAAAAUUCUCUGUUGUUUGAGUCUUUAAAAACAAAGACGUGUCGUCAAAUUGUGUUUUCAGGACUUAGAAGCUAGUUUUGAAAUUGGGCUCAAGCAGUCCUUCAGUCUCCAAUGGAUGCUUUUAAAGUCUGUGAUUUGCUUUUAGUGCUGAUUAAAGCUCCUGUGAGGACUUUUUAUCUACUGAAAAUAAUAUUGAGUCCUCUUUAUCACCUAAAGAGCAAACAAGACAAUCAGUAUGAAGGCUGGUAAUUUCUAAACAACUAUUCCUAAUGUAUGAAACACAUGGCAGAGGGUUGGUGUCAUAUUUAGUUAUAAUCCUUACAACCUUUGUUUAUAUUUCCCAGAGUAAAGACUCACAGUGGUGGAUAUAUUACAGCAAGCAGGGGAAUACUUUUCUUCUUAGUCGUUCUUAAAGCAAAGAGAUCCCGAUUUACCCACAGAAGGAACUUAAAUAGACACAAACGAGGUUCCUCACUUGAGCUUUAAAAAGAACAAGAACAAACAUCCUUAUUUGUGUCACCUGUAGACAGAACCAUGUGUGGCUACCUGUUUCCACCGAAUCUGAUCUUUGUGCUAAGUUAACCUAAACGUCUGCUGACUCACUGUGGCUUUCAUACUGUACAUCCAUUAUCUCAUCUAACUCUAAAGCAGAGACCAAAACUGUACUUCUUGGAGUAUUUAAAUAUUUGUUUAUAAAAGAUUUGUUUAAUAUGUGCAUAUUAUAAGGACACCCCAUGUUUAAAGUUCAAAAAGUGUUCAAGUGUUAACCCAGCUUCACCAAGAAGAGUGUUAAUGUGCCCAAAGCAUCAUGUGACCUGGUGUAUGAUGCAACGUUUGCCAUUCACAGUUACAAAAGUAUGAAUACACGCUGACUGCUCUGCCCAUCCCUGAUACUCAGCUCAGCACCAUCAGCCUCAUGUGUCAUGUGUCACAUGUGUUCAUGUAAUCACUUCCUCACUCAGUCUUAUAUCCAUGUGUUGCUAUGUUGACUAUAAACAGUCUCUAACACUACGGUGCCUUCACGAUGUUUCUGGGAUUCGAUUUUUUUCACUUAAAGAAUCCCAGGUGCAGUACUUCUUUAACUUUGAUAUUAUAGUUCUGAAUUGUUUGUGCCUGUUUAGAUCUUACAUCGAGCUCAGAUGCAGAGUGUUGGCAGGAUGAGUUUUUCCAGAGCAGAUAAAUUAGUAAACUCUGCGGUGUUAAACGAUUGGAACAUUCCUGACUGGCAGAGAGUUUCAGCCGACGUGGAGCCGCCUGAAAACUCCACACAGCUGCUCCUCCACAUGUUGCUGUUUAAGUUACAUAAAGCCUUAACUCAGAAAUCAAAACAAAUAUGGGGCAAAACUUUGAUGUGCAGUACAGAUGGUCAGUGUGUUUGUAAAUAUACAUAUCAACAAGGAUGAUUUGUUGCUUUUUAUUAUCAAAUAAAGAUUUGUAUUUGUGAGUUUC